AUGAAGUUCGCGCUUCUUGCAUCAUGCCUUGUCGGGGCUUCACUCGGUUUCCAACAGAAUGUCCGAGAUGAUUCCCUGGUAGCGAGAGGCAAUGGAGCCACUCCUUAUGUCAUUGUCCAGACUAUAACGGACUGGGUAUGCACUACCUAUACCACUACCAUUACGGGUCUGGCAAGCGCAACAACUUCCCACGGAGCCCCUACCCCGAUAGUUACUGUAUUCCCAUCACCGGGCACAUAUACCAUCCCAGCUUCUACUGUCACUGUGACAGCACCAACAACAGUCGCUGCUGCCCAAACCACCUCUUUGGCUCCAGGACCUCACACAGUUGGAGGUGUCACGACUGUCGUACCCUCGCCUACUACAAUCACUGUUCCCUAUGCCAGCGUUGUAACAACACAAGGCACCGUAACGACCACCAUCGUUUCUACGGUCUACACUUGCCCAGCAGCUGGCACCUACACCAUUGGUGCAACAACUGUCACUGUGCCCGAGACAACAGUCUACGUUUACCCGACGUCGACCUGUUACUAUCCAGGCACCUAUACACACCCAGAGGAGACCGUCACAAUCACCAAGACCUCGGAUGUGUACGUCUGUCCCUACACUACUUCGACACCUUCAUCCGUGCCGGCAACAGUGACGACAACCACGUCCAGUGUCUCGUCGACCUCUACAAGUUCAACUUCGAUUUCCCAAUCGACAACCAGCCCUACCUCUCAGGGUUCGUCUCCCACUUCCUCAACACCCAGCUCUUCCGGAUCAAGCCCCAGCUCUCAGGGUACGUCUCCCACUUCCUCAGCCCCGAGCUCUUCCGGAUCAAGCUCGUCCUCCACGCCUGUGACUUCUACCAGGAAAACCAAGUCAUGCUCUUCGUCACACAAGCCAUCCUCCACGCCUGUGACUUCUACCAGGAAAACCAAGUCAUGCUCUUCGUCACAUAAGCCAUCCUCCACGCCUGUGACUUCUACCAAACACACCAAGUCAUGUUCUUCAACACACAAGCCAUCCUCCACGCCUGUGACGACUUCCACCAGGAAAACCAAGUCAUGUUCUCGAACCCCAUCGAGGUCUGCCACCCCAAGCUCCAGUGCCGUCCCCAGCUCCAGCUUCGUCCCGAGCUCCAGCGCUAUCCCCAGCUCCAGUGCUGUCCCAAGCUCUAGCGUCGUCCCGAGCUCCAGCGCCAUCCCCAGCUCCAGUGCUGUCCCAAGCUCUAGCGUCGUCCCGAGCUCCAGCGCCAUCCCCAGCUCCAGUGCUGUCCCAAGCUCUAGCGUCGUCCCGAGCUCCAGCGCCAUCCCCAGCUCCAGUGCUGUCCCAAGCUCUAGCGUCGUCCCGAGCUCCAGCGCCAUCCCCAGCUCCAGCGCCAUCCCCAGCUCCAGUGCCAUCCCCAGCUCCAGUGCUGUCCCAAGCUCUAGCGUCGUCCCGAGCUCCAGCGCUGUCCCCAGCUCUAGCGUCGUCCCCAGCUCCAGUGCUGUCCCAAGCUCUAGCGUUGUUCCCAGCUCCAGCGCUGUCCCAAGCUCCAGCGUCGUCCCGAGCACCAGUGCCGUGCCCAGCUCCAGCGUGCCAACUCCCACGCCUAGCUCAUCAGUUCCUGUGACGAGCAGCACUCCCACAACAACCCCAUCAACCACAAGCCCUACCACAAGCCCUACCACAAGCGCCGCCCCAACUCCCACCACCCCUAUAGCUUGCGGAGGCGGCACGGCUUAUGGAUACGCAACAAGCCCCGGCAGCUCGGAUACCACCUUCAGAUCUCUGGGCAUUGGUAACAACUGGGGCUGGGUGCUGUCCGGACCACUUCCGAUCAGCGGCAACCUCUACUUGGGUGCUGGAAACAAUGACAUAUCCAAGGCCACUCUCGUGGGCACUUUCACUAUUGUCCGCAGUGGAACCAAGUUUACCGUCACCUAUCUCCUCAACAACCCGGCCUACAAUCUCCAGGAAGUUCACUUCUUUUAUGGCUCCACAUACCCCAAGCAUGUCGCCCCUGGACAGUUCCCCUAUGGCAAGACUUUGUCAGGCACUCAAACAACGUACAGUUUCCAAGUUCCGUACUCUGCAGAGGACGAUACCUUUAUCGUCCACGCAGCAAUUGGCGCUACUUGCUAA